AUGUGUGACCUGCAGGCUGGAUUUGCAACUGUGCCCCUACGCAGACCGAGUAAACCAAAUGGCACGAGGCCCUCCUUGAUAUUUUGGAUGGCAGAGUUAGCUGAAGCUGGCAGUCAGCUGACUUAUCUACAUGUCUCUCCUUCUAUCCUGCCCGGAUGGACUAGUCACUGGCCCUGCUCCUCUCCACAGGUGUAUAAGCUCCUUUAUGCUUCCCGUCUGGCAGAUUAUGGCCUUGCGUCCCCGGCCUUGCAUUACUGCGAAGCCAUUGGCACGGCCCUCCUUAGCCAAGGAGAGAGCGAUCACCCUGUGCUAUUAGUGGAACUCAUCAAGCUAGCGGAGAAACUGAAGCUGUCAGAUCCCUUGGUUGUAGACAGACGCAGAGACCGGGACCUGGAGCCAGACUGGCUGGUGCAGCUUCGGAGGCGGCUCAAGGAGCUGGCGCAGAAGGUCACAGGAGACACUGGGGAUCUUUGUCCUGCUCACUCAGAUGCUUCUGGAGUCGGAGGACCAUCAGGACGUCAGAGCCACUCAGAAGCCCUUGGGGACCGCAGAGGCUUGUGGCCAACACCGGAGCAGAUGGGGCCAGGCCAGCCCAGCUCACAACACCCCAUUCCCCACCAGCCCAGUUCCUGUCCAGCAGGAGGAGGUGUGGGGCAGAUGGGGGUCCCCGUGCCUCUUUACUCGGUUCCUGAGGUCUGUCUGCCAGGGACUGGUGGCUGUAUGGCCGUGACAGGCCCUCCUGGAGGAGAAGCCUGGGAAGAAACCCAGCAGAUAUAUCCACCUCCUGAGAGUAUAGUAUCUGAAGGAAGUUUCCAGCAUCCGGAUGGUCAAAAGGCUGUUUCCAAACCCCAGGUGCCGCUGAUUCCCAGAUCACGAAACGUUUCUGAGAGUUCCACCGUUUCAGUCAAGGAGGAUGAGGAGGAAUCCUCCGAUGAGGCAGAUAAAAAAUCCUCCCCAAAUCCAGCACAGACGGAAAAGCUAGGAGAUGUGAAAGAGAACACAAAGAGCUCAGGGUUUGGCUGGUUCAGCUGGUUUCGCUCGAAGCCCAGAAGCGACGCAUCCCCUUCUGGAGAAGACUCGUCCGACAGUCCCGACUCUGAGGAGACCUCCGGAGAAUCUUCUCCCCCUCAGGCCGGGCCCGGCCUCUCACUGACAUCUCUCCCAGAGCCCCAGUCUCUGCCAGGAGGCCCCUUCUCUGGGGCCACAGGCGAGGGCGGAGUGCAAGGACCCGCGUCCGGUGAGGGAGCGGCCGAGGGCACAGGCAGUGGAGGCUUGUCUGGGCCUGAGGGUGUUUCCUCUGAGUUUUUCUACAACCCUGGUGUUCUGCUCCCCCCACCCCCUUUGAAAGGAGGUGUUCCUCUCUACAACCCAUCUCAGGUCCCCCAGCUCUCCAUGGCUACUAGCUUGAACCGGCCGAAUCGCCUAGCCCAGCGCCGCUAUCCAACCCAGCCGUGAUGAAAACCACACCCGUUCCAAACUGGUCUCCUUCCUUGAUCUCCAGCCCCUCUGCCAUAUUGGGGUCCCCAAGAGGGUUGUGCUGGCCUGUUGCCUCCCCUGUCACGAAGAAGGCAAGAGGACAGGGUCUUCUAGGACACAGCUCAGUCCAGUCUCUUAACAUUGGCUUCAGAAUGAUGGAGAGUAGUCGGGUAGAAUAGCAGACCGGAGGUGAGCAGAAUGCCAUGGGGGAGAUUCAAGAUGGUGGCUUCAGAUCUUCAGGAAAGUCAAGCUUAAGAACCCCUUGGCUGUAAUCAAUGAGAACCCACUGGGCUCUGAGACAGGAAAUUAUUUGGGGGAGGCUCUCAGAACAAUAUUCACAACUAACUUUGGUUCCUCAGUCUUAGUUAUGGACCAAUUCGUGCCUCUAGUUAGCAGAGCUUUUAUACUGAAACUUGAUUAUUGCUUCCUGUCAUAAUUCCCUCCACAGUGACAUUUCAGCAGUUUCCCUCUUGGUCCUAGUUUUGUGCACAUUUUUAUGUGCUUCAGAUUAAUUAUAUUUCUCUCACUUUCUUAGCUGGUCCUAUUUUUUCACAUUCUGGCAUCUGGCUAUCAAGUUAGAUUGCUAUAGGCAUCAUAUUGUCAUGGUAACCGCUGAACCUAGUGAUGCAGAUGGAUGGAACAUCAGUAUAAUAAAUGAUGGGGGAUGUUUCCUAAAAAUGCACCCCUUCCCUGAGAGAGGAGAAUGCGUGCCUGAUAGUGUUAACCCCGCCCUUCCUACCUCGGGCCUCUGCGGAUUGAUGUUCGCAGGGUCACGGGAGCCAGAGGGAGGCGGGGAACAUCUUGGAAGCUUCCAGUUCUCUUUUCAAACCCAAAAUAGGAAUGACUCUUGCUGUUUGUCAGAUUUGCUGAAAAUUGCUCCUCACAAAGAACGUUUUUUGUAUGUGUAAUUGUACAUACAGGUUUUGUACUCUAAUGCAGUACAGUUCUGAUGUUGAUAGCGAUUAAACCAGAUCAUUUUAU